AGUCCCGUCACAGCACAGAGCCACAGCAGCGGUGCAGGAGGCUACAUAUUGAACAACGCUACCGCUGGGGAGGACCAGUGAGACAGCAAAACCAAGACCAAAACGAGGAUUCAGUGGAAUGGAUUAAACAUUUAUACGCCGCUGUUAAGUGAUCGUAUUCGGGCUUACAUCACUGUGCACCGGAUGAAAGGUUGUUUGUUUUCGUGUUCUUUCCUUUGAGCAAAUUCAGCAGCUGAAACGUCUCACUAUAGUCUGUGUUUAGCUAGCCGGUGAUGGAGACUGGCAGCUAGCUAGCUGACGUUACUCCUCUGUCAGGCUAGCAUCUAAUACACUGCUAACUUACUCAGCAGCUAUUCUGCUUUUCGCACGGACGGCCAUUACAACAUAUCUUCACUUUGGAAAACCCACAAAAUGUUAGCUUGUGCUUAACUAAGGCACACACGGAUAACGCUGGCAGUUAGCCGGCGAAUUAACGUACAACUGGCAUCAGCUGACGUUAGCUCGCUAGCCACUCAGCGAGCGGCCACUAGCUUCUUUUGCCUCGCUAACUGUCACACCGGAGCACAGUGGUCGUGUAUGAGAGGCUGUAAAUAUUGGCACCACUUUGCCUGAUAAUUGAGAGCAACCGAUACUUGGUUCAGAUAUUUAUUUUUGGUCGUGUUGUCUGUUGACCGUAGUUUUGUCAAAACGGCGCCGUUAACGAACUGCGACCUUAUUUCAUACUGUCAGAGACCAACUACCCCCCGGAUUCUCUCGAAAUGCAUCAUCCGGACCCUGCAGGAGACUCUGGCAGUGUUAGAAAGAUGGCGCACCCGGCUGUCUUUCACAGAAGGGGUAGCAACACUGGCAGCGGGAGCGGCUCCGCGCUGUCAACACCGGCAAACCCGGUGGUCAAUAACAGCCACGUCCCGGCCGAUGAUUAUCCACCCUCCCUGUUGAUUCAGUGCCAACCCCCUGCUGGUUCAUCCUCCCCGGGUCCCCAUCAUAUUCCACCCCACAGCCUGAAUCUGCUUUCCCAGCCCCAGCCCACACAGUCCACCGGAGCUCAGAUAAAAAAGAAGAGCGGGUUCCAGAUCACAAGUGUCACUCCAGCGCAGAUAUCUGUGAGUACCAACAACAGUAUUGCAGAGGACACAGAGAGCUAUGAUGACCUGGAUGAGUCCCACACAGAGGAUCUCUCUUCUUCUGAAAUCCUGGAUGUGUCCCUCUCCCGAGCAAAUGACAUAGUGGGAGCAGAGCGAAGCUCUUCGGAAGAGACACUGAAUAAUUUCCAUGAGGCAGAGACCCCUGGAGCUCUCUCCCCCAACCAGCCUUCACACCCCCAUGGCCUAAACCAGGCUCAGCAGCAAGGCGGGGGCAUGGUCAACGGGACUGUACACCAUCAGCAUCCUCAUCAUCCUAACCAUGCCCAGGUGUACUCUCUGUCCUCUGGGCCUGGGAGCACCCCAUCUGCCCUUACUUCUGGAGCUUUAUCUUGUGUCACCCAGAAUAUGCCUUCUAACAUGGGGGUCCCUCAAGAGAAUGUUUCCCAGGCUGCCCCUCCAAGUAUUGUUGCUCAGCCUGUGGGGUUUGUGGCCCCUGGCUCGGUCCCUGGAAUGCACAGCUCUGCCACGGGCACUACAGUUAGCAUAGUUAAUCCCCAGACCAGCAGUGUUAGUAAUGUGAAUAUGUUGAGCUCUGCCAACGUGCCUGUGAGAGGGGGGAUCAGCACGAGUGCUAGCAGUAGCAGCGGUGGCUUUCCUCUAAAUGUGAUGAGCAGCAGUGGGGGGAGCGGAGGUGGUGGUGGUGGUGGUGCUGUUGCAGCUGGUGGUAACCUUAUAACCACCACCAAUGUCAGCAUGAUCCAGCAACACCAAAACAUCAACUCCACCAUCACUAUGACUACUACGACAACUGCUGGUGCUGCUGUCAGUGCCUCUGGAGGGAUGGGACUCUCCAGUGGGAUCCAGGGAAGAGUUGGAUCUGCUGUGCUGCAGCCCGUGAGUGCCCCUGUCACAACUAUGGCCACAGCCCCCGUACCAUCCGCGCCUGCCCCAGCUCCAGCCCCUGCAGCGGCUACCACCAGUUCUCGCUUUAGGGUGGUGAAGCUGGACUCUAGCUCUGAGCCUUUUAAGAAGGGCAGAUGGACAUGCACUGAAUUCUAUGACAAGGAUACCCCGGCCUCUGCUCCCAGCUCCUCUGCAACUGAUACUGGGUCUCUCAGCAUGCGUCAGUUUGUCUCUGACAGCUUUGCUGGGGCCUCAGAGAGGGAAAGCACAAGUGGUAGUUCUGUGAGUAGCACUAUGAGUACAUUGAGCCAUUAUACUGAGAGUGUGUGCAGCGGAGAGGCUGGCGGAUCCGCAGUACCCCAGCAUGCCCAGGAUUAUGCCUCCCCUCCUCAGGGCUUUCAAGGAAUCCUCCCCAGUGGCUUAAGUAUGGGUGUGUCCCAACCUCACAUGCACCCCCAGGAUGUUUCCCAUUCACAUGUGAAUACUACUGUGGCCCCCUCGGCUCCACCAAACAUUCAUCAGCCUGCUCCCAUGCCAGGCCACCAGACCACCAUUGGACUCCCUGCCGCUGCUGUACACCAGCAGCAGCUGACCUAUGCCCAGGCAGUUGCUAAUCAAUCCCUAGGCUCCACACAGGGCCUAGUGGGUGUUCAGCAGCAGAAGUUAGGCUAUGCCACUCUGCCACAGCAGCCGCCUGCUACCCCCCAAGCAGCCCCAGUGCAGGUGAGGCCACCUGAGUACACCCAGCCACACCAGGGUAUCCCCCAGGCUGCUGCCUCUCAACCUUUGUCCAACCAAGCUGGAGCAGCUCCCUCUGGGCCUGCUAAUGGAGCAUGUCAGAUGAUGGGAAGCCCGCAGCAGUCACAGGCACUCCUCCACACUCAGCCUCAGCAGCCCUCCUCCCUUCAGGCCACCACCUCUCAUGUUGGAGUACCAAGUUUUGCCCAGCAGCCUCAGAGCCACCCCGGCCAUCUGGAUUGCCAGCAGCAGAAGCCACAGUCACUCCCAAAUCAAAUCCAAAACCCGGCCCUCGGCACCCAGCUGCCCACAACAGUCCACCAGAGCCAAGUGUCUGCACCAAGCGUGCCUCCUUCCAACCCUCAGAGCGAUCCCCAGCCCCAAGCCCAAAACACUGGGAAUAGUGGUAGGAUGCCCUCACAGAUCGUUCCUCAGAGCUUGCCCCAGGACCACAGCAGUGCCCAGGCCCUGGCUCAUGCUGCCCAGGCCAGCGCUCUCUAUGCUAGUCUGCCCACUUUCACCACCACUCAGCUGCAGGAUGCCCAGCGGCUGCUCCUCCAGCACCAGUCUGCUUUGUUGGGGCUACCCAAGCUGUCCGGAGGGGAGUCUGGCUCUGGAUCCAGCACUGGCCAGGGUCAAGAGGCUGAGGGCAAUGUCGCUACCGCCAGUGCCUUAACUGCAUCAGCUGGCCUCAAAACGGUUGAUGGAGAGGAGGAUGGUUCGUCUGGAGCCAGCGUUGUGGCAAUAGACAACAAGAUCGAACAAGCAAUGGACCUGGUGAAGAGUCACCUGAUGUAUGCUGUUCGAGAGGAGGUGGAAGUCCUAAAGGAGCAGAUAAAGGAGCUGAUUGAGCGAAACUCUCAGCUGGAGCAGGAGAACACCCUGCUGAAGACACUGGCCAGCCCAGAGCAGAUGGCCCAGUUCCAGGCCCAGGUUCAGACUGGCUCCCCGCCUGCCCCUCCAACAGCUGCCACACCGGGACCCCCAAGCUCUGCCACCCUUGCCCAGCCCACCUCGCACAGCUCCGGCCCCUUGGCGUAGCCUGGUCUGCACUGACAGACAGACCAAUUGACAAUUUUUUUUUUAGUUUUGCUGCAGCAGCAGAGCUAAACCUUGCCUUCUACAGCAGCAAGGUUACGCUGUUAAGACAAGAAUUUGCACAUAUUUAUCUCUCAGAAGGAUGCAGCCAGCGGGACGAGCGAUGCAGUGCUGUACAGCACCUUGGGGGGUGACAAUCUUGAGAUACUGUAUUUGGAGGGGUUGGUGUCAGAGGAGGACUGAAUCAUCGAACAUUUGCCAAAUAACCCUUGGACAUAUCAACUAGAAUGUCUUACCAAGAAGAAACAAAAUAGCUUAUCAGUGGCGACAAUAUACUUAACUAUAGAUUUAAAAAAAAUCACUGUGCCUGUGUAUGGAUUUUAAGUGAUGUCGAUUUUACUGAUGACAGCGAUGGAAGAGUAGGAGGUGGAGAAUUGUAUUUGGUUGUUACCUUUAUUAUAUUAUUUUUUUUUGGCUGAAUGGUGUAAAUAUGAAGUUCACUCCAAGGCUAGAUCCUAACGUUACAGGUUGAGAGAGAGAGAGAGAGAGAGUUAAAAAAAAAAAAAAGCCUUUUCAGAGUGACAAAUGAAGAAUGUGAGCAAUUCUUAUCAAAGUCCCCAUCUGGAAUGGGGGAGUUUGGGUGGGAGGGUAUUUUGAAUAACACUUGGCAGAAUUGAUGAUGUUACUUCAACAGUGGGUUGGUGGGACGGACAAAAACAUGGUUUCUUAUGGAGAUGAUAUUCUAUUUCAGUAUUUCACUUUCAAGCUCCUCAUUUUGCCCUCGACGAAGCUCAUCAUUGCUGUUUUCUCAACCCUGCAGUGGCAUGUACCUUAAACCUUAUUUGACAGGGUUGAGACAUGGGGCUACGCUGCAUUUUCUCUUUUCCUAAAAGUUUGAUGGGCAGAAGAUGAUGUAUAUUUCUGUAUAGUGUAAGUACCAUGUAAAAUAGUGAGGGGGAAGGACAAAAACAACAGAUGCUAUCUUGGUCACACAGAUUGAAGCGGAUGAGCGAGGAACGUGCUGGUCUUGCCCAGUCUGUGUCGUAUCUAUUUUUAAUGCUGUAUUUUCAAGGAGUUUAGGUUAUUUAACUGACAAACACACAGCCAACAAUGUCCAUAGCCCUUACUGCAACAUUAACUCCUACUGUAAAACCAUGUUCACUUGGCUCUUUUUCUUUCUGGAGUAUUGCACCUUUAUGAUUUUCUUCUUCAUUUUUUGACAGUGAAGUACUUCUGGAUGAACAAUAUCUUACAACUCAACAUUUAAAAAAACAAAAAACAAAUACAAACUGUGGAGCUGUUUUUUCAUUUUUUUUUUUUCAUUCUGUGUAUCAGUUGUAUGCUCAUGUUCUGUGCAUGUUUCUGCGAAGACCGGAUAAGAUAUUGUAACAUACAUACCACAAUUGCACUUGAUAGCUGCACAUCACAACUUUCAAUAAACAUGCUUAAGGAAGAAUAA